AUGCCUUCCGUCCACUGGGACAGAAUAUUUGUUGGAAUUACGUGUUGGACUGUGACCCUUUGGGCACUGUGUAUUUGGCAGCUCCUCAGGUUUAAAGCAGGAACUUGCUGGCUGAGGAGCAGGCCUGCUGGAAGCUACCUGGGAGUGAUGAUGGAUGCCAAGUUCAGUAUGAGCCAAGAGCACAUGGUUCAUUGCCAAGGCAGAAGAGCAGCUAUGUUAUGUGGAGGCAGACAGGUCGAUGGACACUAUUACUCUUCCCUUCCUGGCACUGUUAAUUUUUGUGAUGACAGUACUAGCACAGUGAACAUUUCUGAAAGCAAUAUAAAACCCCUUACUUUUGAACGGAUCAUAGUGGGUAAGUAUGGCAACUCCAAAUUAAAAUGUGAACCUGAUGCUGUGAAUGGUAAUGCUUCAAUAAAAAUCCAGAUGUGCUCCAGAGAAGGGAAAAAUCCUACUUUAAAGCCCCACCAAAUUCUGAAUUGUAAUGAAAAUCUGGACUCCUUAGUAUCACAGGUCGAAACUGAAGGCCCCAGCAAGUUUUCAGCUAUUGCAAGUAACACUCAAAUCCUCACCUUCAUGCCAGACCAACUGACCACACAAAACUUCACUGCUGCUGCAAACGUCGCAGUGCAGAUUAUGGAAAAGCCAAAUGUUUCAGAAGACUUUCAGGCAUCUGUGGCAGUAAUGGCUACGGUGAGUCAACUCUUGGAUGCCAAUGAAACAGAAUUCAUCCACAAUAAUCUUGUCAACGUUACAUCAAGCCUCACAAAAACAGUGGAGGAAUUUUCUUUGACUGGCAACAUCUCACAGCCCAAUGUUGCAAUCCAGUCUGCUCUACUGAAAUUAAGCUCCUCUAUGAUCCUGUUUUUGGCACAGAGAAAUACACCACUGGGGAAGUGCCAGUCAACAAAACUAGAAAUACAGGAAAAUGUUCCUGGGCUUCUUGGUGACCUCAGUACUGAAGUUCAGAUACUGUUCAACAUUUUAAGUAACAGUUCAUCAGACAAUGGAAAUGUUGGAUUUGUCCUGUAUCAAAACUACAAACUCAUCCAGCCAAGGAUUUAUCAGAGUUGCAAUAGUUUGUCUAAACAAAUCAUCUCUGGAGACAUUGAUGGCGAAACAGCGAGCAGUGUUGGAAUAGCCUUCGGUCCCAAGUACAACACAUCUGAACUGCAGCUGCGUGAUCAUGUCUGUGUCUUUUGGGACUACUCCGUCAAUGACUGGAGCACCACCGGCUGUGCAAAAGGAAGAGACCAGUUCUUGAGAUGCAGGUGUAAUCAUACAACUAAUUUUGCUGUCCUGAUGGCCUUUCAGAUCAAAUAUAUAUAUGCAAAGCCUUUGGAGUAUAUUUCUUAUAUUGGUCUUGAUUUGUCCAUGGCUGGCCUGAUUACUAUCAUUUUGUUUCAAAUAUUCACUAGGAAAACUCGAAAGUCAUCUGUAACAUGGACAUUAGCGAGUCUCUUUUUAAUGCUCAUUUUUAACAUCAUCUUCAUCUCUGGAAUUGAAAACCAUAAUGCCAGGAAUCACAGCAGUGAUACUACCAGCUACCACCAGCAAUACCUUCCUUAUGAUAACACCAGUAACACCUUAUUCACUUCUGACACAGUAGAUCCUCCCACAGACUCCUGGUGUACAGCUGUGACUGUCCUACUCUGCUAUUUUUUCUUGGCAACAUUUACGUUGACGGCACUCAGUUCUGCACAAUUGUACUUAUUGUUGCUUAGAGCCAUGAAGCUGCUGCCUGGACAUUUCCUUGUAACCAUGUCAGUAAUCGGAUGGGGAAUCCCUCCCAUAGUAGUUGCAAUAACACUCAGAGUUACUUACAGAGGAGGAAAAGCUUAAAACUACCGACAGAAAGAAUUUUGCUGGCUUGCAGCACUGGACCAAAAUCAGAAUUUUAGUGUGCAAAAGCUGAUGUUGUGGUCAUUCCUCUUGCCAGCAGCACUCAUAGCCCUGUUUAACAUCUUGAUCUUCAUCAAGAUCAGUACCUCUGUAAUAUGCAAGAAGAAUGAAAAUUUGACAAGGAAUAAAAAGGAUUCACUAAUGAAAAAUAUGAUUAGCACUAUCUCUACAUUUGUAGUGCUCAGAAUCACCUGGACCAUAGGCUACCUCAUGUUAAUGAGCCAUUAAAAAUCAAGUCUUGUUUUCAGCUGUCUGUUUUGCAUUUGA